AUGUUGAAGAUACUACAGAGGUUCUUCGUUCUUACACUGCUGGUCGUCACAGUGUGCUUCAUAUCCUUCACUGGCUACUACUACAGUAGAACCAGCAAACACGAACCUCCAGCUAAAGUCUACAACCAACUUGCCGUCAUUAGUUCGAGGGUGCCUAACUUCGAAACGCCCACCACGGGUGCACACUCCAUACUCGCACCCAUCACGGGCGCACCCUCCAUACACGCACCCAUCACGGGCGCACCCUCCAUACACGCACCCAUCACGGGCGCACCCUCCAUACACGCACCGAUCACGGGCGCACCCUCCAUACACGCACCCACCACGGGCGCGCCUCCGAAGGAAGCGCCCAGCACCCUAGCGCCCCUGACGGGCUACAUCGCCUGCGACGAGAUGGGUCAGCUCGGGAACAACAUGUUCCAGUACGCAGGGCUCCUAGGCCUGGCCAGGAGAAAUCGGAAAAUCCCGUUUAUCCAACCCCACUUCAGAGUCGCCAAAUUCUUCAAGGUCACUCACGUCAUGUCCUUCGACGUGUCCAGAAAAUGGACGGUCGUUUUGGAACACAGUUUCGGGAAAUUCGAUACGACUUUAUUAAACCUAACAUCCGGGGAUAUACAUUUUAACGGAUAUUUACAGUCGUUUAAGUAUUUCCAAAAUAUAACCGAGGAGAUUAAGAAAGAGUUUGUUUUUCUCGACUGGGUAACUAAACUAGCGAGCGAUUGUUUAGAGAGUUUGAAAGACGUCAUUGGGGAUAGGAUUCCUAUUGGCGUGCAUGUGCGUAGGAGGGAUAAGACGUACGGCAAGGAUAUGGGGAGCGGUGACCUCGUGGCCUCUGACACGUACUUCCGGAAGGCUUUUGAUUGGAUGGAGGCCAAGUACAAGAACGUGGUGUUUCUCGUCGCCACGGAUGACCGAUCGUGGUGCCAGACGACGCUGGUGGACGGUGCCAGGGUGGUCCUCCUGCCUCCUGCCAUAGCGGAGGUACAUAUGCGCGUGUUGACGAUGUGCCGUCACGUGAUCAUGUCCGUCGGAACCUUCGGCUGGUGGGCAGGCUGGUUCGUCAGCGGUGACGUCGGCGGUGACGUCAUCUACUACACCCGACAGUUCAGGGAGGGCUCGGAGAGGAGCCGGAUGUUCGAGGCCACGGACUUUUUCCCGCCCAACUGGAUCGGGAUCGGGGACUGAGGAGGCCGCGAGGGCCACGACAGGGAACUUGUGGGAGAGAGAGCUGGGUGGAGUCUUCAGGUCGGCGUUACCCUACU